UCCUGGUGGCAGGAGGAAGAUGACGGAAACGUCUUCAUUUGGUAAGCGCCGGAAUAAGACGCACAAUUUGUGCCGUCACUGUGGCUCUAAGGCAUACCAUCUUCAGAAGUCAACCUGCAGCAAAUGCGGGUAUCCUGCCAAACGCAAGAGAAAGUAUAAUUGGAGUGCAAAGGCUAAGCGAUGCAACACUACUGGUACUAGUCGAAUGAGGUACCUAAAAAUUGUCUGCCGCCAAAUCAGGAAUGGAUUCCAUGAAGAAACAGCACCUAAACCCAAGAGAGCAGCUGUUGCAGCAUCUAGUUCAUCUUGAGGAGUCAACUGUUUGUUAAAAUAAAUGCCCUGAAUCAAAAAAAAAAAAAAAAAAA